AUGGAUCUGCAAUCAGUCAUCCGAUCCACUGACUUGGAGGUUCUAGGGAUUGGGAACGCAAAGCUUUUCAAGAUGGCCGGCUCUUUCAAGUUCCUUUUCAUGCUCUAUCUGUUGUGUGAUGUGCUGGAGGUGCUCAACAAUCUGAAUCUCAAGUUUCAACAGCGCGAGGGUUUUGGUGAUGGGCAAAAGGGACGACUGACAACCUUUUUGCGAGAUCACAGCGACCCCGAAAAGCGCAGCAUGGUGGUUCAUGGGGUUGACAACGAAGGUAACCGUUGCACCACCGAGAUCCCGCUGCAUGGUGAAGGAAUUGGUGGUGUGUACGGGACAGACAUCGAGUCUUGCUACGCCUUGGGUAAGGCGUUUGCUGAGAAAUUGGUGAGCUCGCUGACAACAAGACUCGGUGACCUCGAGAAACUAGAGGGUGCCAAGCUGUUCAGGCCCUUGACGUAUCCCGAUCGGAGCACGGGUCUUCGUGAUGCAACAUUCAACACUCAUUUGGACAAGUUUCUCGACCUCUUUGAUAACAAGCUGCCAGGUAAGACGAUCCACCCUGUUUAUUAA